AAAGGUUGAGAGUGCUAAUGCUCAAUAAUAUCCCCAAUGAUAUUCGAUGGUUGAUUGAAGCAAAAGUUCGAGUAUUUGGAGAGUUUCCCAACGCAUAUAAAUAUAUGACAGGUAUGGGUAGAAGUACUUUUGCCAAGAAACGAAGAGCAAAAAGAAUAGACGGCUUCUAUAAAUGUGCUCGUUGGAACUGUGACACACGUUGUACUUCUUUAGCAUUUGUGUCUAAUAAUCGAGAAGAUAAAAUAGCUUUCAUAAAUAAUGGAUUGAAUAAGGAAUCUCUGGAUCAAACCCUUCAACAAAUUCUUGAGGCACAUCCCAGUGGAUAUGUGCAUCGAGAGCUUAU